AUGUCGGAAACUGCUGCCCCAGCUACAAAUGAACCUGCCGCUGAUGCCCCAUCUUCUGCUGAAGAACCAACCAAGGAAGAACCCAAGGCUGAGAUCAAGCCCGCUUCUGAGGGCGUCCUUGGCUACAAGGCUCCAGGAUUAGUUAAGGGCUUCCGUUUCUCCAAGCGAUUCUGCUGGUUCAGUGACGACGCUGUUGAGGUCAAGCAGCUCUCUACCUACUUCCAGAAUGAGAAGCUGAGCGUUGCACAUCCCACCGCUGCAUGGGCCAGCCAGACUGGCAAGGGCCUGCUCUUUUUAGCCAAGCGUGCCGAGGACAAGACUGCCCCCACUGGAAUCAUCAACUUGGCCGACAUCUCGGAUGUGACCAAGGAGUCUGGUAACGAGUUCCAGUUCAAAUUGGCUGGACACAAGCAUACCUUUCAGGCUGCUAGCAGUGAUGAGCGCGAUUCUUGGGUUGCUGCCAUCGAGGCCAAGGCUGCUGAUGCCAAGAACGAGAAGGAGACCAUCACUUCUAGCGAGGGUUAUAAGGCUGAGCUGGAGAAAUUGACCAAGCCUCCAGCUCUCGCAGCUGCUACCCCGAAGAAGGAGCCUGCUAAGGAAGUAGAAGAGGGAGAGAAGAAGGAGGAAGAGGACAAAAAGGACGAGAAGAAGCCAGAGCAGGAGGAGAAAAAGUCAGAGCAAAAGGAGAAGAGCCGAUCUCAAUCCCGGAAGCGCGCCAGCAUUUUCGGAAACUUCCUUGCCAAGAAGGAUGAAGAGAAGAAGGAGGAAAAGAAGGAGGAGAAGGCUGAGGCUAAAGACGACAAGAAGGAUGAGCCAGAGGCUGCGGCCCCGGCUGCUGAGACCGCUGCUCCUGCUGAGUCUGCUGAGGCUCCUGCCGCCGCCGCUGAAGAGCCAAAGGCUGAGGAGAAGAAACCCGAGGCCAAGUCUGAGUCAGCUACCACCGCCAAGGCCAAGCGUGCCUCUAUCUUUGGAAACAUCUUCCAGAAGGUCGGCAACCAGGACAAGGCCGAAAAGGAGAGCGCUCCCAAGACCUCAGAGACUGCUGUCUCCAGCACUGCACCUCAACUUGGUGACCCCGUCGAUGCUUCCACCUCAGAGCCUAUCAAGCCUGAGACCGUAACUGCUGCAGGAGAACCUGCUCAGCCCGCCAAGGAGGCCGAGGAACCAGUUGCCUCGCCAACAUCCACCAAGAGUGGCUUCCUAAACUUCAUCAAGAAGGAAAUGAAGCACGACGACAAGAAGGAGGCCGCCAAACCUGAAGAGAAGGCUGAGAAGAAGCCCGAGGAGACUCCUGCGGAGCCUGCUGCAGCGGAGACCACUCCUCCCGCUGUCAAGGAGAAGCGUCGCACCUCCCUCUUCGGAAACCUUGGCUCCAAGAAAGAGAAGAAGCCGGAGUCCACAACUGAUGGCGAGCAAGUUACUGAGGAGGACAAGGCGAAGUCCCCCGGCCAAAUGUUCGGAGGAGUUUUCCGCCGUGUCAGUAAGGCCGGCAAAAAGGAGAAAGAGCCUGCUGCUGCCACUUCAGAAUCCGAGCCCAUUCCAGAGGCUGCUGAGAAACCUGAGCCAAUCAGCAAGGAUGCCCCAGCCGACCCCCCCGCCGCUGUGAACGGCACUGAGGCCGAGGAGAAGGCAGAUGCUACUGCCCCAACAUCAUCUUCUUCACAGCCCGUCCAAGCUGCUGCAUGA